GGAGGGGCCAGUGAAGGGGAACCAGCAAUACAGACAGCGCGGUCGAGUUUAGGGGCAGCUGGCGGGAGGAUUCGGCAACUCCCUGAACUUGAGGCACCGCGGAGUGUAGGCGCAGGGAAGAGCGAUUCAAACCUCGCGGACUGUGCAGUGGGUCGGCGGCCAGGCAGCUAUAAGAAGAGGUGGAAAUAGCAAGUGACUAUACUGUGAGCCAUGGCCCUGCCGUUCCGGAAAGACUUAGGGGAGUAUAAGGACCUGGAUGAGGAUGAGCUCCUUGGCAAGCUGACCGAAUCAGAGCUGAAACAGCUCGAGACUGUCCUGGAUGAUCUCGACCCCGAGAAUGCCCUUCUGCCUGCAGGGUUCCGGCAGAAGAACCAGACAUCCAAGUCUGCCACAGGACCCUUUGAUAGGGAACGGCUCCUUUCUUACCUAGAGAAGGAAGCGUUGGAACAUAAAGACCGGGAAGACUAUGUGCCCUACACUGGAGAGAAGAAAGGGAAAAUUUUCAUCCCCAAGCAGAAGCCAGUGCAGACUUUUACAGAAGAAACUAUAUCCCUUGAUCCAGAGUUAGAAGAAGCCUUGACCAGUGCUACAGACACAGAGCUGUGUGACCUCGCAGCUAUUCUUGGGAUGCACAGUCUCGUUGCAGACACACCGUACUGUGAUGUGCUGGGAAGCAGUAAUGGUGUCAACCAAGAACAUUUUCCCAAUGUGGUUAAAGGGGAAAAGAUUCUUCCAGUGUUUGAUGAGCCACCAAAUCCAACCAACGUUGAAGAGAGUUUAAAAAGAAUUAGGGAAAAUGAUGCCCGUCUUGUUGAAGUUAAUUUGAAUAAUAUAAAAAAUAUCCCAAUUCCAACUCUAAAAGAUUUUGCGAAGACUUUGGAAGCCAACACACACGUGAAACAUUUCAGUCUCGCAGCCACCAGGAGCAAUGACCCCGUGGCUGUUGCUUUUGCAGAUAUGCUGAAAGUGAACAAAACUUUGAAGAGCUUAAAUAUGGAGUCCAACUUCAUCACAGGCACUGGGGUUUUAGCGCUGAUUGAUGCUUUGAGAGAUAACGAGACCCUGACAGAGCUCAAGAUUGACAAUCAGAGACAGCAGUUGGGCACCUCUGUAGAAUUAGAAAUGGCCAAGAUGCUUGAGGAAAAUACAAAUAUCCUUAAAUUUGGAUAUCAGUUCACGCAGCAGGGACCCCGAACCAGGGCAGCCAAUGCUAUAACGAAGAAUAAUGACUUAGUGCGCAAGAGGCGAAUUGAAGGAGACCACCAGUAAGCAUGCCAAGGGUAGCCUUAGAAGACUGCAGACCACCAAAGGGUAACCUUAGACUGCAGACCACCAAAGGCUCAUGUUUGUAACCGCAGAUGGAAAAAUUAACUGGGUAGAGGGAAAAGACUGGAAAUCUUUUUUUAACUAUAUACAUUAUUUUCCUAGCUUAAGAUAUUAUAUUUGAUUUGUAAAAUCACUAAUAGGUAGUAUUUUGUAUUUGUAGCAUUUCUACUGAAACCAGUUUAAUUUAGCUUAAGUGAAUGGUUUAUGAUGAUUUUUAGGUAAAAAAUGCAGUUGUAGAAAGUUUCAGAAGUCAUAUAUGUAAGAAUAUUUUGAGUGGACAUAUUGAGGACCAAUCUUUUUUAAAUCAAAAGGGACUUUGCUGAUGCAAUACUAAUGUUGCUCCUUAUAUAUUAAGGGUAAGGCACAUGGUGGUUUCCUUUUAAAAAAUCCAUGAAUUAGGCAAAAGUUUGCUUUUUUUCUUAUUAGGGAAAUAAAAUGUCAGAAUUUUAAAAGAUGGCUCAGAAUCCAUUAUAUCUACAUAAGCCAAAGCAGGCCUCUAGGCGACAGAACAGCCAUCUGUUGCAAGCUUCUGCAUACAUCUGGUGGGUCUCAGCUUCGCGGGGUUGUUGUGGAUGUCUGUUUGUUUCCAGUAGUCCUUCGUUCUGCCCCACUGCAUACCUUGUUAAAAGUAUAGUUAUAAGUAUUUCUCCUUGCUGUGGUUACUACAUUUUUGUAAAAGCUGAUGGUUAAAAAGCAUCUGAGUAGAGAGGUUAUUUCCCCAUAAAAGGCUCUUGGCCAAUACUCAGUUACUGAGAGAAAAUGAGAAAAAAGAAAGGCUCUGUUAGAUAUAGGAGAGUUUUCAAGCCUGAGAGAUUCGCAGAUGGCCAUUUCACCGAUGAGCAGUGUCAGUCAGAAACUAGCCGUGAGCUAGCUAUAGUGGCUCACUCCUACAAUCUUAGCAUAUAUUGCCAGAUGUUCAAAGCCAGCCUGAACUUCAUAGGAACCUCCAGGUUAGCCUGGGCUACAUAUGUGAGAACCUAUGUCAAGAAAAGGAAAGAACAAACCUGUUGUCUGGUAAGAAGCGCUAUAUGAUCCCACAGGUGCAGUGCAGCAUUACAUGAGCAUACUUAAUCCCCGCUCCAGUGUUCCAUCCAGUCACAAAGUCUGCUGGUUUUUAGAAAUCCAAUUUUAGUAGAUGUUUCAUCUUGUACUUUUUAAGUCCAUAUAAUAAAUAAUUUCUGUAACAUAGGUUAUCUUUAUCACCUGAGCAUUAGAGGACUUGAGCCGUGUACAAUGGGGUUGGGCGAGGCUGCACACUGAUGCCCUGCUAGAGGAUUUGGGUUUGUAUCUGGGCCCCACCCCAUGCAGCUCCUACAGGCGUAGCAGAGGCACGCAGCACAGACAGUAGAGAGGAAGAAGGCUGGGUGAACAAGUCGGCAAUUGCCUAUACCAUUCCAGUGCUGGUCUGUAAAACAUUAUACAACUGAAGAAAAUCCUUCACAAAUAACUUAAGUGUGAACUCAUCUGAUUGAUAGAUCUCUCUUAAGAAUUAUAAUGGAGAAUAGUGUUUACCUUGAUCUUUAAAAGUCUGGCACCUCUUUUUAGUAACAGUAUUUUUAAAUUCCUCUGAGAUUUUUGUAACAUGGCAAUAAAUUAGGACUUUGCAACAGUUUUAAUUUUAAGCCAGAGAUUUUUCUAAACCCUCAAGCUUUAUGUCAAGUUAAAUGAUUAUCUAAGAGAAUAUUCUUCACAUUUUAAAUUGCCCCUUUAAAAAGCCUUAAAUUGCCCAUUUUAUAAAACUGUAUUCAUAUUUGUCUCAAAUUAUAAUUUUUAGUUUGUCUACGUGAAAUUGUAUACAUUAAUUAGUGCCUUGAAAAUAGAUUUUGGUGCUAUACUGUUAUACUAAAACCUACUAUAAGUUUAGAGAAUGUGUAAAAUACAUUUUCUUAGGGUGCCUGUCAUUUCAAAGACCAAAUAAACAUUUUGUGUUAAUAUGUUUAUAUUAGCAGUUGGUCAUUUCAGGCAGGGUGUUCGUGAUCCUUAAGUUGCACGUUUUCACUAAUGAAAUGAGCUAUGUCCUUUACAAGGGGUGUACUCCUGAAAAGUUGCUUGUAAAUAGAACUUUAAGAAUUGUUUUACAACUGAUAAUCCCUUCAUGUGUUUUCUUUAAAGGUGAUAUAAUAAAAUUAAAAAAGAAUGUCUUAAUAAAAUAUUAGUUGUAUGCUA